AUGACUUUAUUGAUAUUUUCCUUCUUUCUCUCGUCUUCUUCUAACCUUUAUUAUUCUUUCUCUUUCUUUCUUUCUUUCUUUCUUUCCUCUAGCUCCUUCUUCCUUUUUCUUUUCUUUCUUCUUCCUGUUUCUUCUGCCUUCUUUUCUUUUUUUCCUUGCCUGUUAUUCCGUUUCCUUUCCUUUCUCCUGCUUUUCUCUUCGCUUCUUUCUUUUACCUUAUUUUUAAAUACUCGCUUUUUCCGUUUCUCCCGCCGUUGUCUUUUAUUUCUUUUUUCUUUUUACAUUUGUCUCCUUUCCCCAAUUUCUGUUGCCCUUUAUUUCUUUCUUUCUUUCUUUCUUUCUUUCUUUCUUUCUUUUUACAUUUGUCUCCUUUCCCCAAUUUCUGUUGCCCUUUCUUUCUUCAUUUCUUUCUUUUUUCUUUCUUUCUUUCUUUCUUUCUUUCUUUCUUUUCUUUCUUUCUUUUUACAUUUGUCUCCUUUCCCCAAUUUCUGUUGCCCUUUCUUUCUUCCUUUCUUUCUUUUUUCUUUCUUUCUUUCUUUCUAUUUACAUUUGUCUCCUUUCCCCAAAUUCUGUUGCCUUUUCUUUCUUUCUUUCAUUCUUUCUUUCUUUCUUUCAACAAUGUUUUCUUUCUUUUUCUUUUUUAUUUAUUUAUUUAUUUUUUCUUUCUUUCUUUCUUUCUUUCUUUCUUUCUUUCUUUCUUUCUUUCUUCAAUACUGUGUUGCUUUCUUUUGA